AGUCGAAGCUAGGCAGUAGGGGGUUGAAACAUUGUAGAGAAAGGACGAUAGGGAACAGUGUAGUGACAAUAGUGUAGGGAACAUUUAACUAAUUAGGCCUAUAAAUAAGACAAUUUAAAGUCGGAAUAGGCGAAAUAGAAAAUAUUCAGGUUAGAAAAAUGAAACGCUUUGCGUUGUUUGCUUUAGGCAUAAGUUUUGUUGGUUUGGCGUGGGCGGAGCAGAAGUGCGCUAAAGAUGCUCACGGGAUUCGACGAUUUAACGGACAUCCGUGCGCUAGCACAACGCGAUAUGAUGACGGACACAGAGGAGCAUGCGGCUGUGGACCACGUGGAACCGAUACACCAUUUCCCUGGAAUCUGGCUGAUCACGUCACAGCCCCUAACGGCAAGUUUUUUGAUGACGGGGGUGACAGUUCUUGGUGUGGGCGUAACUGUGGUGCCUGUGUCAAGCUAACGCCAACAGGAGGAUUUGUGCCAGGAGAGGGCCGAGCUCCCAGCAACCACAACCCCGUUAUUUUCAUGGUAACCAACGACUGUCCUAUUCAAGGCAACUUUGAAUGGUGUGGCCAAUCUGGCAAACCAGGCACAAAUAACGCAAACACUCAUGGAUAUGAAGUUCACUUUGACCUUCAAAACAACAAAGGUCAAGUUACCAAUGGCCUCGGCUGGGACAAUCCAGAAGUUACGUGGGAAAAAGUUGCCUGCCCUAGUGACAUGGUAUCCAAAUAUUCACACUGUGAAUGUCAUCAUUGAUUUUCUCAAACAAGUUAAAUACAUGAAAAAUAAUGUUCUUUAAAACUCAAAAUUUUGAAUUUAAUAGAGAUUAAAACUUGAAAAACUUUC